AGCGCUUAAGCUCGAGUUGUUGCAGCGUAUCAGCGGCGGUUGCGACGACAGAGAAUGUAACGGCUCGCUGUUUGCUCGCUCCCUCACUCGCUCGCCGGCGCCUAUACUCUUUUGGCACUAGGAUCCAGUGGUAUCGCGCAGCUCCCUCCCACCUUCCCUCCCCUUUCUCGCCUGUUUUAAAGUCUCUGCCAGAGUCGGGCUCACAUGUUACUUCCUGGAUGGAAGAAUGGAAAGCUUCCAGCUCGGCUGCAACUACUCCUUUCCUACUUCUCCAAGAGCCGCCGCCACCGCCGCUCCGACCUGCACGGACUACCGCCUUUCGUAGCCGUUUCCGCAGUUUUUCCUUCGGCCGGGCCCUUGAGCGUGGCCCAUGUCUCGCGUGGCCGUGGGAAUAUGGUAAAGCUCGGCUCGUGAAGGUGAUUUUUCGGGCAGAAGUUCUUUGCGAUCCUAACUUUAUUCCUGGAAUCAGUGGCUCGCGGUUGUUGCUGCCGCUGGUGCAUUUGGCUUUUCAGUUGUUUGUUUUUUGCUGCAUUUUUACCUUUGUCUUUUUUAAGCGAUUCUUGGGAACAAUAAACUUUGACCACCGGGCUUUUUUUUAUUUCCCUUUGCUUCGAUGUGUAUAGUGACAUGCGGAGGCUACUGGAACCGUGCUGUUGGUGGAUCAUUUCUUUGAUUUUAUCGUUCUUCCCGUUUGGAUUGGUGGAUUGCCAUCCCGCUCGGACGGAAGGUCAGGUUGGAUUUUUACGAGGAAGGCGACAUGGUGCUGGACCACAGAUGCGGCAGAGAAGGGCCUCCUCUAUCCCGUACUGGGCCUACUCAGGUACCUAUGGGCCUGACAGCUGGGCCUCACAUAACCCCGACUGCAGAGGGAAGAACCAGUCCCCGAUUGAUAUUGUAGACCAAGAUGCUAAAGUCUCUCUGGAAAACCAGGAGCUCUUCCUGGAGGGCUUUGAGGUGGAGUCUUCUAACAAGACAUGGAUGAAGAACACUGGGAAGACUGUUGCCAUUCUCCUGAAGGAUGACUAUUUUGUACGAGGCGCUGGACUUCCGGGCCGAUUCAAAGCGGAGAAAGUGGAGUUCCACUGGGGCCAAAGCAACGCUUCUGCUGGCUCUGAGCACAGCAUCAAUGGCAGACGCUUUCCUGUUGAGAUGCAGAUUUACUUUUAUAACUCAGAUGACUUUGACAGCAUCAGGUCUGCACUUUUGGACAAGAGGAUCAUCGGUGCCAUGGCGGUUUUCUUUCAGGCGGGGUACAGGAACAAUCCAGCAGUGGAGCAGAUCAUCCAUGGGCUCAAAGGGGUGGUCCACCAUGAAAAAGAAACCUUCCUGGAACCCUUUGUGCUGAGAGACUUGCUUCCUGCCUCAAUUGGGAGUUACUACCGCUACACCGGCUCUCUGACUACGCCACCGUGUAGCGAGACCGUGGAGUGGAUCGUGUUCAGUCGUCCGGUCUUCAUCUCCUAUCAGCAGCUGGAGGCCUUUUAUUCCAUAUUCACCACGGAGCAGCAAGAUCAUGUCAAGUCAGUAGAAUAUCUGAGGAACAACUUCAGGCCACAACAGAGCCUGGGCAGCAGAGUGGUCUACAAAUCGGCAGUGAAGGAUGCUUGGAGUCAAGACAUGUCGGACAGCCUGGGGAACCCGUAUGGAACAGAGUCGUCAAAAGCCUGCAGCUCUCCUCCCAUCAACAUGAAGGUGCAGCCUGUUAAUAAAACAGCACUGGUGGUGAGCUGGAACAGACCAGAAAACGUCUACCAUCCGCCAAUCAUCAACUUCGUGAUCUCCUACAGCUGGACCAAGAAUGAGGAACCCAACGAGCAAACCUUCAUCAAGGACAGUGACCAAGACCUGGAAGCCGUCAUCAACCAUGUCUCUGCAGACAUCCUGUACCUGUUCCGAGUCCAGGCCGUGUGUCAGAAUGACAUGAGAAGCGACUUCAGUCAAACGAUGCUCUUUCAAGCCAACACAACCAGAAUAUUUGAAGGCACCCGAAUAGUGAAAACUGUAAUGCCUACAGAAUCUCCUGCUCCUGCUGAUAUGGCACCCAUCAGUUCAGGGUCUUCUACGUGGACUUCUUCUGGCCUUCCCUUUUCCUUUGUAUCCAUGGCUACUGGCAUUGGACCUUCAUCCAGUGGCAGCCAAGCAACAGUGGCUUCUGUAGUGACCAGCACCUUCUUGGCAGGCCUGGGGUUCAGUGGCGGAGUCAUAUCUUCAUUUCCCAGUUCAGUUUGGCCGACUCGGUUGCCACCGGCAUCUUCAGCCACCACCAAACAGACUGUAAAACCUGUGGUGCCAACCUCUGAGCCAACGGCAACUCCGGCCUCUGAUGGAGAUGCUGCCAUUGCUAAAGAAAAAGAAGGUGGGGAUGAAGGAGAAAAAGACAGCAAAGGAGAGGGUGAGGAAGGUGAAAAGGAAGAAGAAGAAGAGGGAGACAAGGGGAAUGACGAAAAGAAAAAGGUGGCAGGAGAUGUGUCAGAGACUCACGAAAAUAAGACUGAGCCUAAAAUCACCACCACAGCCACCCCAGCAUCAACCGCCAAGGAGAAAGAGCAGAACGAGAGUCUUGUUGUUUCCCAUGACUUGGAGGACAGCAUCAUUCCCACUCUUGCAGCUGAAGACCAAAUUGUGAAGGACAUAAAUGGCACCUCCGGCAAUGUGUUAGAAACCACAACCAGUGAAUAUGUUUUAACGACUAGAGGACGGGCGCUGGGUGAAGAACCAAGGGCUCCAACGAUCCAUCCAAAAGCAGCAGAUGGUGAAAGUACUGAUGAAAAGAGAAGGAGUGGCAUUGACAAGACUUUUAUCUAUACAGAAAAUAACAGCGUCUCAAACAUGGCCAACUCGGGCCAUUCCUCAGCCAAGUUGGAGUGGAUCAUUCCUCUGGUGGUCGUCUCGGCGCUUACAUUUGUCUGCCUGAUCCUCCUCGUGGCCGUGCUUGUAUACUGGAGGAUGACCAGCCUCUGCUCUCUUCUUUGCCUCAAGUACAGAAAAUGUUUCCAAACUGCCCAUUUUUAUGUGGAGGAUAGCAGUUCCCCGCGGGUGGUCCCUAAUGAAAGCAUUCCGAUUAUCCCAAUUCCAGAUGACAUGGAAGCCGUGCCAGUCAAGCAGUUCAUGAAGCAUAUCGGCGACCUUUACUCCAAUAAUCAGCAUGGCUUUUCAGAGGACUUUGAGGAGGUACAGCGUUGUACAGGUGACAUGAACAUCACAGCUGAACACUCAAACCACCCGGACAACAAGCACAAGAACAGAUACAUCAACAUUGUCGCCUAUGACCACAGUCGGGUGAAAUUGCGGCCUUUAGCUGGGAAAGACUCAAAGCACAGUGACUACAUCAAUGCCAAUUAUGUUGAUGGCUACAACAAGUCAAAAGCAUACAUUGCCACCCAGGGUCCCCUGAAAUCCACUUUUGAAGAUUUCUGGAGAAUGAUUUGGGAGCAGAACACAGGCAUCAUUGUCAUGAUCACGAACCUCGUGGAAAAAGGAAGGAGAAAAUGUGAUCAGUAUUGGCCAACAGAAAACUCCGAAGAAUACGGCAACAUAAUUGUCACCCUGAGGAGUACGGACAUACGUGCCUGUUAUACUGUGCGGCGCUUUACACUCAGGAACACAAAAGUAAAAAAGGGGCAGAAAGGUAACCCUAAAGGCAGACAAAAUGAGCGAACUGUAAUACAAUACCAUUACACCCAGUGGCCGGACAUGGGGGUACCAGAGUAUGCUUUACCAGUUCUCACAUUUGUGAGAAGAUCUUCAGCUGCAAGAACGCCAGAGAUGGGGCCAGUGCUGGUCCACUGCAGUGCUGGAGUCGGGAGGACAGGAACGUAUAUCGUCAUCGACAGUAUGUUACAGCAGAUAAAAGACAAAAGCACAGUCAACGUCCUGGGGUUCCUCAAACACAUCAGGACGCAGCGGAACUACCUCGUCCAAACAGAGGAACAGUAUAUCUUCAUCCAUGAUGCCUUGCUGGAAGCAAUCCUUGGAAAAGAAACGGAAGUCCAGGCCAGUCAAUUGCACAGCUACGUCAACAGCAUCCUCACCCCAGCAGUGGGAGGCAAGACGAGACUAGAAAAGCAAUUUAAGCUGGUGACGCAGUGUAACGCUCGCUAUGUGGAAUGUUUCAGCGCUCAGAAGGAAUGCAACAAGGAGAAAAACCGAAACUCUUCUGUGGUGCCAUCUGAGCGCGCCAGAGUUGGACUGGCACCUUUACCAGGGAUGAAGGGAACAGACUACAUUAAUGCCUCCUAUAUUAUGGGUUACUGCCGGAGCAAUGAGUUCAUCAUUACACAGCACCCUUUGCCUCACACCACUAAAGACCUCUGGAGGAUGAUCUGGGACCACAACGCACAAAUCAUUGUGAUGUUGCCAGAUAACCAAGGCCUAGCUGAAGACGAGUACGUGUAUUGGCCAAGCCGGGAAGAAUCGAUGAACUGUGAGGCGUUUACUGUAACCCUUAUCAGCAAAGACAGACUGUGCCUCUCCAAUGAAGAGCAAAUUAUCAUCCAUGAUUUCAUCCUGGAAGCAACACAGGAUGACUAUGUGCUAGAAGUUCGUCACUUCCAGUGCCCAAAAUGGCCAAAUCCAGAUGCUCCAAUCAGCAGCACUUUUGAACUUAUCAACGUCAUCAAGGAGGAGGCUUUGACGCGUGAUGGUCCAACGAUCGUCCAUGACGAGUUUGGUGCAGUUUCAGCAGGAAUGUUCUGUGCCCUUACUACCUUAUCUCAACAGCUCGAGAGCGAAAAUGCUGUGGAUGUUUAUCAGGUGGCAAAAAUGAUCAACCUCAUGAGACCAGGGGUGUUUACAGAUAUUGAACAAUACCAAUAUCUAUAUAAAGCAAUGCUCAGCUUGGUCAGCACCAAGGAGAACGGAAACGGCGCCGUGCUAAUGGACAAAAAUGGCACCGUUGUUGUGACAGACGAAUCGGACCCCGCAGAAAGCAUGGAGUCUCUAGUUUGAAGUUGGAGGCACUUACUUUAUUAAACCUAAAGGACUAGGCAGACUUUUUUGAGGCCUUUUUUUGCCAGACUCUAGUAAAAAAAAAAAAAAAAAAAAAUUAAAAAAAAUAUAUAUAUAUAACCUGAUUAAUUUUUUUACACUGAAAACUUUUUGAUAUUUAUUUUUGCCAUUUUAUGUCUUAAUGUUAUCCUACUGAGCAUUUGCACCUAUGUUUUAAUUUCACACAAUGAAACGUUAAUUCUUUCUAGUUUGCACUAUAUAUUCAGUGUUACUGCCUAUAAGAAUCAAGUCCUAAUGUAACAUUCCAUGGCACCCAUCCGACUUGUGCGUCCUUCAGUUUGCCCGGCGCCCAGGGCAGGGUCUGGGCACAAGCGCCCUGCUUUUCGAUGUUUUAAUAGCGGAACAAGCGAUGCCAUGCAGGACGCUGGUGUGCCCUCGACUCGCACCGAGCUCCUUCUGACUCCACCUUUAGCAAAAGAGCGAAAGCCGUGGCGUCUUGGAGGCUUUACAAGGUAACGUUUGGCUUUUCUGUUUUCUUAGUGUAAGCGGAAGCCUGAAGAAAAGUAUGAAGAGUAAGAAAAACACAUGCUGUGAAGUGAGGGGGCAAAUGAAGCCAUCGUGAGGCUUUGGGGGGAGGUGGGGUGGGAUUUUAAUUUAAUUUUUUGUUUUUUUUCCCUCCCUCUUGGGUAUCCUUUUGGUCUUUUAAUAAUUAAACGUAAAAAUGUAGGAAAUGAAAGUGUUUAUCAAGUUAUAUACGUGUGUGUGUGUGUGUGUGUGUACUGACCAGAUACGUUUACACACACGCACACACACAGAGUGUGUUUGUGAAUGAAAGGCCGUAUACGAGGGGGGACCCACAAAUUCACAGAAUUGUUAAAAGAAAAACAAACUGAGUGCCAGUGCUGUGCCCCUCUUUUGUUCUCGGGUCUAAAACUUCCUGCGCAUUUUGUUUGUUUUUCACGGCCUCAGUUUAAAUUCUGUUUUCCCCGAGACAGCGUGAGAUCUGGCACAUUCUGGGGUGUGCCAGCGUAUUCUCGCUCAGAAACUCUGUGACUGGCCACGCGGUGUGUGACGGUGGCCUGUUUUGGGUCUCCCUCUGGGCGCCUUUUCCUGAUGCGUUCCCAGCAGUUCAGCGUAAUGUGGCUGAUUGGCGGUCUGUCCACGGGGUACAAGUCCAUCAGUGUCUGCUGUGGUGGCUUGGAGGGAGGAGAAAAAAAAUAACAAUAAAUAAAAAUCAGCAAAGUCGCCCGCAAUGAGUGUAGAAAGACGCACUCGGCCCGGUGAAGCAGACUGCGGUGGCCGGUUCGAGAUGUGCACCCACCCUAAGCCUCGUGCUACUGACCGAUUCCAGGAAUUUUAGGGUCCCCCCCCCCCGUGUAAGAGAGAGUAUCAGUUUGGCUGAGUGUGUCGUGUUAUAAGCUGUGAAAUAAAGAGAAGUACAAAGAAAAGGGCUUGGGGUCCCAAGAGAAGACCCAUUUCACUAAUGGUCCUGGUUAGAAAAAUUAGAAAAACAAAAGCAAGAAAAUCACUGAAGCGAGUUCAGGUUUGUACAACGCAGCAUCUCGUGAUGACAAAGGCGACAUCUGUGCUACUGUCACAUCCUCACAUAAAAACGUCGUUUGUAAAAGAAGCCGCUCGCCGUCCACACUGGCAUUUUCAUAACAUUCACAAAAGUAUCUCCGUCCACACUAAAACAACCAAAAACACAUACGACGCGGCCGUUCACACACACACACUCGGUGGAAACAGAAAGAGCAAACGUCCUCAGCGCUGGACGUUCAUUUGCACCUUGGGUUUACACGCAGAGAACAGCAACGGCGAACACAAACUGAUGAGUAUGAGACGAGCAAAGUGGCCGAGGCAAUGUAAUGAGCAGGAUCCAAUCAGAGUAGGGCCACGUAAGAAACACGAGCCAAUGAGAGCGCGAUUAGAGUCUGUGUUUUCAAAACUCUCCGUUUUCACCCAAACACGCUGCAGUGCUGAGCUGGCGUUUUCAGAAACACGCGGCUCUUUUUUAGGGGAUGUGGAGAUCAAGGUCUGCGUUUUGAAACAAAAAGUAGUCGCGUGGACCUCCGCAGUAUCAAACGGCGAGGUUGGCGACGUCCUCCACCGUAACCCAAUGUCAGUGAUGCCGCCUGGCCACCCAGUUGUUGGUUUUCUGGUCAGCCAUGGUGUGCAGCUGCUUGUCGGGAGUGGGACCCAAAGCUCAAUCCCGUGGCCAGGGCAGCCCCCGCAGCCAAUUCACGGAUCGUGUUACGCGUAUCGCGGCGUGAGCUCUCGACUGAGACCAAGAUCAGGGCCCAGUGGUUGACAUUUUUUUGUGUGACAGACAUUAUAUACACAGACAGAGAGAAUCAUCAAGUAAGAAAUGAGCAGCAACCUCAACUUUGUCCAACAGAAACUCAAGUGGGAAGAUGAAAUGUCACAUCUCAGAGCUCGGAAAACACCGAUGGCACGUGAACUGGGCAUUAAAUGAAGAGGCAGAUGGGACGCCAUUGUUCAUCCAACCUGCUAUGCUCUGUUCUGGGGUCAAAGAGGGAGAAAGUGUUAGAAAGAGUGCCACCUUGUGGUCUGGAGGUGAAUUACGCCCGUGUCCGGCAGCAGCAGCUCUUUGCUUUGGAUUGCCGUUUUGCACGCGCCGAUCACGUGAACUCCACGACCGCGUAUUCUUUCCACCAGCUUCACUGAACGCGGCGAACUCCCUCGUCUCUGUGCCUCUUUACGCAGCCACACGUACUCUACGUGACACUCUAAAGGCAGACAAGUGCAGAGUUUGGGAUUUGUAUUUUUUUUUGUCACUACAUACGCACACACGCAGCACGUCCACGAGCAGAUAUCGGCUUUGUGUCACGCGACUCUCACUGCCUGGAUCUUCAGCUUCGAUUCAGAAUGCAAUGUACAGUUUGUUGUUUGUGUUUUUCUUUCUUUCUCUUUCUUUCUUUAGUGAUAUAAAGCAGCACCAAAACUGUGGCCUAAACGAAAUGUGAGCUUUUCCACUCCAACACAAAGGUGUCUUUAAUGUGUGAAGUUUUGAAAGCAGCGCGCGGCGCACACACACACACGUGCGCCAUUCUUUAUGCUGAAAGCUUUCAGGUUCGGCGGCCCCCAUUUGUCAGCAGCGUCCCGCAGGCCCUCGCUCAGUGGAGUGGAUCGAUGCCUUGAAUUAUUCCUUUGCCUCAAAACUCCGUCUGGGCUUGUUGAACACUUCGGCUGGCGAGUCUCGAGUGUGAAACGGAAAUAAUAAUUGAUCAGCGUCGUCGUGCAAUUCUGAGAGCCGCGCGACACGACAGCACAACUGCCUUGGUGUUUUAGUCUUUUACUAUUGUGUUGCGUUUCUUUUUGAAACAAAGGAAAAGAAAAAAAAAUUGGAGGGAAAAAAAGUAGAAUCGAUCAACUUUACCAAAGAUAUUUAUUACUAACUUCAGCAAGAAGAUCAGCGAGUGACAUUCUGACCAGCACAUCACACACUCGUCGCUUUAUCGCGGCUCCAUUUUGCCGAGUCCUCUGCUCCGUUUUUUUCCCCCCGUCGACUCUUUGGUUUCUCUUCUCUUUCUGCUCCGCGUUUUUCAUUCGAAAACAACAACAAAACAAAAAGACGAAAAGACUUUUACACAACGGUGAACAAUAAAAACUGUGAUGACGGCAAAGUGAGAGUCGCAACGUCCCCCCGAUGGACGGACGGCUCUCUGUCUCUGGUUUUCUUUUUCUUUCCUCUCGUCUUCUACGCGUGAUCUUCAGAAUAUGAACGUGAAGUCCAACACAAUCUCUACGGUCUUCUGUUUGUUUGGUUUUCCCUUUUUUUGUUCUCUCCACAAUGAGAGACCAUCUUAUGGAAGUUAAACUCCAACAUUUGGGGGAAAUGACUUGAUGAGGAUUUUCUUUUCUCCUUUGCUUUAUUUUGGGCAUUUUAGAGUCCUGUUAUUAUUUGUAUUUUUUUCCUAUAAUUACAGACUUUGUGUAGUCGCCAGUUAUUCAUUUUUAUUUUUUUUUGUAUCUUUCACAUUCGUAUACGUCGUAAACGUAAACUCUGUACAUAUUUUGUUGCUUAAUAGUCAUCUUCUGGAAACUUUGUAUCUAUGGUAUAUAAUCAUAGAAUUUUAUAUUUUCAUAUAAAGCUAUUUUUUCUCUAGUUUCAACUCCUUCAUGAUUUUUCGUUUUCUCCUUUGUGUUAUUUUUGUUUUUGUGGAUAUGUGGAAUCGACGAAGUCUCCGUGCAUUGAAGUCGUGAGUAACAGCAUCACAUUCCAAACUCAAUUCCACACGCGCUCAGUUUUGGGGCAGUGAUUGUGAAAUCCCAAGCUUUUCUUUUUUUUUAUAUAUAUUUUUUUACAGUUCUGUUGUCAGUGUGUGCAAUAGAAAUAGUUCUAGCCAGUCACUGAAUACGUUUGUCUCAUUGACCCACUCAGACGUGUGCCGUUUCUCCUCUUUUGUAACUUGGAAAAAAAAAAAAACAAAAUUAAAAACUUUUUUUUUUUUUUUUUUGGUUCUGUUCAAAGCUAUAUAAAAUCAUUCUAUUGUGUUAUUUAAUAUGUAAAUUGUAUUGCUAUACAUAAAAUAAAGUUUGGGUUUUAAUGUA